AUGAAUAAUGUUCCGAUAUUUAGAUUUGUGUCUCCUCGGUCAGGCCUCUACUUUGGAACUGUAGGGAGCUCAGGAGUUGGUGCUUUUGCCAGUUCACUACUGCUUCGCGGCAGUUCCAGAUCGUAUGCUUCCAAGAUUAAAGUGUCGCGAAAACUGACUCUUUCACCAACUGUAUCUAAACAGUCUCUUAAAAGUGAAAAGUCCAGGUCGGGUUCAGGAUCGGGAUCGAGAUCAAAAGGCAGAUCAAGCUAUGGAUCAGUGCGUAGAGGCAGAGGCAGUCAAUCAGCCAAGCUAAAUAAUUUUCUUCCCUCAGGGUCGACAUCCGUGACUACAACGCUUGGUUCAGGAAAGUUCUCUGUUUUAUAUGAGCUGGAUCGAAAAUCAAGAGAGUCUCAUCGGAAUGUUCUAUCAAAAGUAGACAGUUUUGAAGCUCUGAAGAUCGAGUCUUCUGUAAGAGAUAGUAUAAUGGAGACUGUUCUAGGCCAUCUUGAAAUCAUCAAACCUACACCCAUUCAGACUCUGGCAGUCAAAGCUAUUCAGGGACGACGAAAAAAUCCCUUGGAACAGCACACGUGGUUGUUAGCAGCCGAAACAGGGUCUGGUAAGACGCUCGCCUAUCUUGCACCACUCCUUUCGAAGUUGAAAGUAGAGGAAGAAGAACCAGGUUGGGAACUUAUAAAAGAGCUUCCAGGACCCAGAGCUGUGAUCUUAGUACCCAGUGCUGAACUAAUAGCUCAAGUAGACUCUGUUAUUAAAAAGAUAAAGUCUACAGUUCCCUUAUCAUCUGUAGCAUGUCUUCCAGGAGUAUCAACACGCUAUAUCCACUCUCGGCUAGCUAAAGGGAUUGACAUUCUCAUCUGUACACCAGAUAAAUUAGCUCAAUUGUCGAAAAACAGCAAUCUGGCCAAGAUCCAAUACCUCCAGAGAUGUAAAAUGCUGGUAAUCGACGAGGCAGACUCACUGAUGAACGAUUCGUUCCGAGAUGCAACUCUGGGCUCAAUUGGAUUCAUGCCUAAUUUGCUGGAUCUGGUGUUUUGUACUGCUACUAUUCCCAGACAAUUUGAUAGGAUCUUGCGAGAAAAAUACCCAGAUACCACCCGUCUCGUUACUCCUAAAAUACAUAAACUGCCUGGACACAUUGACUUCCGAGUAGUUGAGGUAUUCAGACCUCCAUAUAUGGAUAACAAAAUGCUUGCCCUCAAACAAGCAUUGUUUGCUAUAUACCACGAUGGAAGUGAAGAUGGAUUGACUAAACGGGUUAUAGUUUUUGUGAACCGAAAAGAAUCCGUCAGUCCGUUGGUGACGGAACUUAAUACUAGCGGAUUCAUUUCCAUUGGUAUUGACGGGACAGUCAAGCCAACUGAAAGGAAACAAUUGAUUGAAGAUUUUAUUUCUCCCGCCAAAACCAUCGAAGAAUCAGGGGGUCAGAAACUUAAAGUGCUGGUAACAACUGAUCUUAUGGCACGUGGUGUUGACACUAACCGAGUCAGAAACAUCAUUCUGUAUGAUCUUCCUCUUUCUUCAGCAGACCUGCUCCACCGUGCUGGACGUACCGGACGAUUAGGAGCCCGUGGACGGGUUCUACUGCUUGUAAAUAAAAAAGAAAGUCAAUCAUGGGUCAAGGGUCUUGAAAAAGCUGUCCGCAAGGGACUGGCGUUGGCAUAG